GUUGCUGUCGUUGCGUGUUGGCUGAAAGCGUAAAAGACACAAAUUGUCGCUUGUAAAUAAAUAGAUGACAAUAAAUAUAAAUAAAAUUAAUAAAUUAAUAUACUAAAUAAUAAAAUCUACACAUAUGAAAAUUAGUGAAGAAUGAUUGUGAUUUCCAAUUGCAUAAAGUGUUAAUUCAAGCAACAAAUUUCGUGUCGACUGCAAAUAGAAGAUUCGAAAACGAAAACGUCAAAGUAAAGGAAGCAUAAUCAAUAUGAAUUCACGCUGUUAAAGCCAACAGCCUUGCAAUUGUGGGCAAGUCAGCCGCUACACGGGCCGAGAAGCUAAAGAAAACGGUCAACUUAGGCGAGUAUAAGCAGAAAAAACUGCAUUGGGUCGCGUUUGGCCCACUUUUGGGCAGCCAAAUCGAUUUCUAGUUGCAUGUGUAUUAUGAAACACCUGCGCGACUAUUGAGCCAGCCCGCAGGACAGUGCUCCUCCGGUCGCGAGUUAACACCUUGCCAAUCAAUACAAUCACGUGCAAGUGCAAAAGUUGCGAUACAUCGUAAUAGAUAGGAAGUUAUGCAGCUGGACAGCUCCAAGUCUUAGCGCUUCUAUGCCGAAACGGGCUAUCAAACACAAUUUCAAUCAUAUCGAAACGAGUUAGACAGAACUAAGGAGUGAAGUCAUCAAACAAGGAUGUGGACUAAAGAAAGCGCAGCCAGACAAUGGCUGCUGGCCCUGGCAGUUUUUUUGGCAUUGGCAAAAUUCGGUACAGCUGAUAAUUGUUUUCCAACCAUAUUUGGAUUUCUGACUUUUGUAUGGAUUCCAUCAGCCUCAGCCGAAUGUCAAACGCGUUCGAUUUACUGUUACGAGUGCGAUUCGUGGACGGAUGCACGGUGCAAGGAUCCGUUCAACUACACGGCAUUGCCGCGCGACCAGCCGCCGUUGAUGACCUGCAAUGGCUGCUGUGUGAAGAUGGUGCGACAUCAGCGAUCACCCUACGAGGUGGUGCGACGCAUGUGUACGUCACAAUUACAAAUCAAUUUAUUCAUGGUCGAUCACGUGUGCAUGAUGGAAAGUUCAGGCAAUGGACAUAUGUGCUUUUGUGAGGAAGAUAUGUGCAAUUCUAGUCAAAGUUUAUACUCAUUCGCUAACGGUUAUCAACAAAUCAUAAUCAUCACAAUGCCAUGGCUAAUACUGCUCCAACAGUUUGUGCACAGCUAGAUCAGCAAAUCAGAUCAGAUUAGAUCAGAUCCGAUUUGAUCCGAUCCGAUCAGAUCAGUUAGUUAGUUUUCCCAGAAGCGUUUAAAAGAACAGUACACAAACACACACACACACACACACACACACCAGUAACAGUUAACUAGUGACAUAUAUCAUGCCCACACAUAGAAGACACAUUUACACGUAACUUGAAAUUGUUUUGUAGCCCAAGUUCUGAUUAUUUAAAUUUCGCAUCUCAAACAAAAUGUAAAAUGAUGUUAAUUUUGGUUCUGCAAGCACAGUUAACUAUACUCUAAUCUAUAAUAAUGCUACGAGUAGAUACAAAGUUUGACUGCACAUAAACAUA